AUGCUACUCCGUACUGGAAAACGGAUCAUAAGCUGGUGGACAAAGUCAGCCCUGGGACGCAACCAUGCCAUCAACAAUGUGGAAGAUGUCUCAUCCAUCCAGCUACCUGGCCACGGUCAUUCAAAGAGCCCCAAUACAAUUCGGCGAAUGGCCGCGAAAGACGUUGUAUUUCGCCUUGACAACACGUACAAGAAGAAACCGACAGAGAGACAGCGCAUCAUAAACAAGGUUCUUGGAAAAGCCAUUCCCGGCGCUGUAGGAGCAGUGGUUAUUAAUGCCUGGCAUACCAGCCCAUCCGAGAAGAGAGUACACUGCACCGUGGAUUAUACUGAUGCACACAAUCGCCGUCUGAUUCGAAAGCAUAUCUUCCGAACGAAGACGAAGAAGAAGUAA